CACCAAAUUUCAUUGGUAGUGAUAGUUUGUUAAUAUGUCACAGUAGUUGACAGAAGCUCAGCUGAGGCUUAAUGGUGCCCCUUUUUGUUUUACAUCCCAAUCAAUAGUUAUAGUUAGUCAUCAUCAUCAUCGACAACCACAAAGGCAUGCUGCCCUAGUUCAAAUUCACACUUGCACCUUCAUCUCUCUCCUUGCACAACACGCCACAAAACCGUUACCAUUUCGGGCACUCCCAGUUCCAUCCUUAUCCCACCUCCGAAUGCGUCAUCACCGCCAUGUAUAUAACGACGGCCUCUUCCUCUGCCACUUCGCUCCUCAGAGCAACCAGGCCCAAACUCUUCUCUCCCUCACCUUCUAGAACCUUCGCUUAUCCACGUUCCUUCGCUCCCUACUCCUCCCGCACCUCCUCCGCCGUCACGCGAUCCUUGCGCGCCUCCCUUCCCCGCUGGAGCCACCGCCUCCAUCGCGCCUCUCCUCAAAUCAGAGCCGUUGCUCCCGCCGCCCAACGCUUCCGCCGCGAAAUCGCUACCAUGGCCAAUGAAAAUCCUUUCAGCGGAAACUUGACGAGUCUCCCCAAGCCUGGUGGUGGCGAGUUUGGAAAGUUCUACAGUCUUCCUUCUCUCAAUGAUCCGAGAAUUGACAGGUUACCGUACUCCAUCAGAAUUCUCCUUGAAUCUGCCAUUCGUAACUGUGACAAUUUUCAAGUCAAAAAGGAAGAUGUUGAGAAGAUUCUUGACUGGGAAAACACUUCUACGAAGCAAGUUGAGAUUCCUUUCAAGCCCGCACGUGUUCUCUUGCAGGAUUUUACUGGAGUCCCUGCUGUUGUUGACCUGGCUUGCAUGCGUGAUGCUAUGAAUAAGCUUGGAAGUGAUUCAAAUAAGAUCAACCCUCUGGUUCCUGUUGAUCUUGUCAUUGAUCAUUCAGUUCAAGUUGACAUUGCAAGGUCAGAAAAUGCAGUGCAGGCCAACAUGGAGCUUGAAUUUCAGAGAAACAAGGAGAGAUUUGCUUUUCUUAAAUGGGGUUCAACUGCAUUCCGUAACAUGCUUGUUGUUCCUCCUGGUUCUGGUAUAGUACAUCAGGUCAAUCUUGAAUAUCUUGGAAGGGUUGUAUUCAACAAUGAGGGCUUACUCUAUCCUGACAGUGUGGUUGGGACUGAUUCACAUACAACUAUGAUAGACGGGCUUGGUGUUGCUGGAUGGGGAGUUGGAGGCAUUGAAGCUGAGGCAGCAAUGCUUGGUCAGCCUAUGAGCAUGGUUUUGCCUGGUGUUGUUGGGUUCAAGCUUUCUGGAAAACUACGUGAUGGUGUUACAGCAACAGACUUGGUUCUAACUGUGACUCAAAUUCUCAGAAAGCAUGGUGUUGUGGGGAAAUUUGUAGAAUUUUAUGGUGAUGGUAUGGGUGAAUUAUCUUUGGCUGACAGGGCCACUAUUGCCAAUAUGUCUCCUGAAUAUGGUGCCACUAUGGGAUUCUUCCCUGUGGAUCAUGUUACAUUACAAUAUCUCAAGUUAACCGGAAGAAGUGAUGAAACUGUGGCCAUGAUAGAAUCUUAUCUCAGGGAAAACAAACUGUUUGUUGACUAUAGUGAGCCCCAACAAGACAGGGUGUAUUCAUCAUAUCUAGAAUUAAACCUUUCUGAUGUUGAACCAUGUAUGUCAGGUCCAAAGAGACCUCAUGAUCGGGUGCCAUUGAAAGAAAUGAAGGCUGACUGGCAUGCUUGUCUUGAUAAUAAAGUUGGGUUUAAGGGAUUUGCUAUACCAAAAGAGGCACAAGGAAAAGUUGCAAAAUUUGAUUUCCAUGGGCAGCCAGCAGAGCUCAAGCAUGGCAGUGUGGUGAUUGCUGCAAUCACAAGCUGUACAAAUACAUCAAACCCAAGUGUCAUGCUAGGUGCUGGUCUUGUUGCAAAAAAGGCUCAUGAGCUUGGUUUGCAGGUCAAGCCUUGGGUUAAAACAAGUCUUGCUCCAGGCUCUGGAGUUGUUACAAAAUAUUUACUCCAGAGUGGACUGCAAAAAUAUCUAAAUGAACAAGGUUUUCAUAUUGUUGGGUUUGGCUGUACUACAUGUAUUGGAAAUUCAGGAGAGCUGGAUGAAUCCGUUUCUUCUGCCAUAUCAGAAAAUGACAUUGUAGCAGCUGCUGUGUUGUCUGGGAACCGUAAUUUUGAGGGCAGAGUACAUCCAUUAACCAGAGCCAACUAUCUUGCCUCUCCUCCUCUAGUUGUUGCUUAUGCUCUUGCUGGCACGGUUGAUAUUGACUUUGAGAAGGAGCCAAUUGGGACAGGGAAGGAUGGAAAGAAUGUCUACUUGAGGGAUAUCUGGCCAUCCACUGAAGAAAUUGCCACGGUUGUCCAAUCCAGCGUGUUGCCUGACAUGUUCCGAAGUACAUAUGAGGCUAUUACCAAAGGGAACCCCAUGUGGAAUCAGCUACAAGUUCCUGCUGCAACUCUCUACUCAUGGGAUCCCAACUCAACAUAUAUUCAUGAACCCCCAUACUUCAAGAACAUGACCAUGGAUCCUCCUGGACCUCAUGGUGUAAAAGAUGCUUAUUGCUUGCUGAAUUUUGGUGACAGUAUAACCACUGAUCAUAUUUCUCCUGCUGGAAGCAUCCACAAGGACAGUCCUGCUGCUAAAUACCUUCUUGAGCGUGGGGUGGAACGCAAGGACUUCAAUUCUUACGGAAGUCGUCGUGGCAAUGAUGAGGUGAUGGCAAGGGGAACUUUUGCCAACAUUCGCCUUCUUAACAAGCUCUUGAAUGGGGAAGUUGGCCCAAUGACAAUUCACAUUCCAACAGGGGAAAAACUGUACGUGUUUGAUGCAGCAACGAGAUACAAGGCAUCUGGGCAAGACACCAUUGUGCUGGCUGGAGCUGAAUAUGGUAGCGGGAGUUCUAGAGAUUGGGCUGCCAAGGGUCCAAUGCUACUGGGAGUCAAAGCUGUGAUUGCUAAGAGUUUCGAAAGAAUUCAUCGCAGUAAUUUGGUAGGAAUGGGUAUUAUUCCUCUCUGCUUCAAAGCCGGUGAGGAUGCGGACACAUUGGGAUUGACUGGUCAUGAACGAUAUACGAUUGACCUCCCAAGUAAAAUCAAUGAGAUUAGGCCUGGCCAAGAUGUCACAGUUACAACCGAUAAUGGAAAAUCUUUCACCUGCACAGUACGCUUUGACACUGAGGUUGAACUUGCUUACUUCAACCACGGAGGCAUACUUCCAUAUGUAAUAAGGAACCUCAUUAAGCAGUGAAGCCAUUGUAUUUGUCGAUGGAAAAUUCCAAGCUUUUCAAGUUGUAAAAUGUGAGAAUAAUUUUCCGAGUGAUAGUAAAAUAUCCCUUUUUUGGGGAGAUUUUGACAUUCUUCAAAGUUUGUUUAUUGUUAGACCAGUAAACACUGAUUAAUUUGAUUGUGUGAUAACUCUGCCCCUUGAAAAUGGGGACAAUUGUGUAAGCCAACGUGAAGUAUGAAUCGUACCCAUUGCUCUUGCCACUCGGUCU